AUGUCGACGGUCGCAGAGCGACGAUUUGCGACAGUAAACACGCUGAAGGAUAAUAACGGUGGAGAGGACACUUGCUGUCCUCCACUAACCCUCUGUCUGUCUCUCUGUCUCUGUCCUGUCAGGUACCUGUUGGAGCAGGAUUUUCCGGGGAUGCGUAUCGGUCCGGAGCCGACCACCGACGGCUUCAUCGCCGUGAUGUACGGAGAGAACGAGGGCGUCGUCCCUGGCAACGCUCUGGUGGUCGACCCCAAGAAACCCUUCAGGAAGCUCAACGCGUUCGGAAACUCCUUCCUCAACAGGUUUAUCUGCUCUCAGAUGCCCAAUCAGGUUCUUCAGAGCAUCAGCGUCAUCGACACGCCCGGGAUCCUGUCAGGAGAGAAACAACGAAUCAGCAGAGGUUACGACUUUGCGGAGGUGCUGCGUUGGUUCGGCGAGCGAGUCGAUCGCAUCAUUCUGCUGUUCGACGCUCACAAACUGGACAUUUCAGACGAGUUCUCCGAAGCCAUCCGAGCCUUCAAAGGACAGGACGACAAGAUCCGAGUCGUCCUCAACAAGGCGGACCAGGUGGACACGCAGCAGCUGAUGAGGGUGUACGGCGCCCUCAUGUGGUCACUCGGGAAAGUCAUCGGCACGCCAGAGGUGGUGAGAGUUUAUCUGGGAUCCUUCUGGGCCAAACCGCUGCAGAACACGGAGAACAGGCGUCUGUUUGAGGCGGAGUCUCAGGAUCUUUUCCGGGACAUCCAGAGUCUUCCGAGGAACGCGGCGCUCCGUAAACUCAACGACCUCAUCAAGAGAGCGCGGCUCGCCAAGGUGCACGCCUACAUCAUCAGCUACCUGAAGAAAGAGAUGCCGUCUCUGUUCGGGCGGGAGAAGAAGAAGGAGGAGCUGAUCAUGAGGCUGCCGGAGAUCUACACAUUACUGCAGAGGGAGCAUCACAUCAGCCCCGGAGACUUCCCCAACGUCACCAAGAUGCAGGACAUGCUGCAGCACUACGACUUCAGCAAGUUCCCGUCUCUGAAGAUGAAGCUCAUUGAGUCGGUGGAUAAGAUGUUGGCCACAAAGAUCGCCGUCCUGAUGUCGAUGAUCCGGGAGGAGGAGUCUAAGCAGCCGCCGGCGAUGGUGUCGGGCGGCGCCUUCGAGGGCUCCCAGGACGGGCCCUUCGGUCAGGGCUACGGCGAGGGCAUCAGCGCCGGUGCCGACGCCGAGGACUGGAUCGUCAGCCGUGAGAAGCCCCGCUACGACGAGAUCUUCUACACGCUGAUGCCGAUCAACGGCAAGAUCACCGGCAACAACGCCAAGAAGGAAAUGAUGAACUCGCGGCUGCCCAACACCGUGCUCGGGAAGAUCUGGAAGCUCGCCGACUGCGACUCCGACGGCAUGCUGGACGAUGAGGAGUUCGCGCUCGCCCAGCACCUCAUCAGGAUCAAGCUGGAGGGCUACGAGCUGCCCACUGAGCUGCCCACCCACCUGGUGCCCCCGUCCCACCGCAAAAACCCCACUGCCGACACCCUUUACAACCACAGUGAGGACUAGAGCGCCGCCGACAGGGCGUCUGGCGAAACACCAAAGAGACUGACAGGAAGUCCACGUGUACAAAAACUGCUGAAGUCCAGCGGACUCACAGAAGGCCGAAGCAUUCACACUCUGACGACCUUCGACCAUCGACUCACCCGCUGAUUGCCGUCCGUCAAACAAACCGACAAACAGACAGAGAAAGGAGAUACAUAUAAGAUUUUAUAUAUAUAUUGUACAAAUCAGCUGAUUUCAAUCCACCAAAGAAGAAAAAUGAUAAUGUAGCUUCAUACUUUACUAAUCUUACCUUAAUAUGGACACUUUUAUUUUGAAAGGGGGUGUUGUUUUAAAGCCAUAUCUUAAUAUUUAACUUCCUGUCUAAUUUUUCUUCAUGAUACGCUGCAGUUUGUCUGAAUGACACAAUAUUUGGAGGCAACAUGUGAGCGCCUUUGACGAAAAUAAAAUACUGAUUCAUAGGAA